GUUGGAACGAUCUUGGAUUCCACAAUCCUGACAUAUUGUCGCCGACUCUAGAUCGUUUCGCCCAUGAUGGAGUUAUCCUCAACAAUUCAUACAUGCAGCCUAUGUGUACCCCAUCCAGAGCAGCCUUUCUAUCUGGUUAUUAUCCAUUUCAUACCGGAAUCCAGCAUUAUGUUAUAGAUUACUGGCAGCCGAAUUAUUUGACACCUAAUGUUACCCUUCUACCACAACAUCUUAAACAACAGGGUUACUCUACACACAUGGUUGGCAAGUAUGGGACAUUGUUUAUUAUGAAAAUACAUAAUCUGUUUACUGAAAGAGCUGUAGAUAUAAUCAACAACCACGACGCCACCAAACCUUUAUUCCUGUAUCUUCCAUUUCAAAACGUCCAUUUCCCAGUAGAGGUACCUAAACAGUAUGAAAAUAUGUAUUCACAUAUCAAGGACAACGACCGUAGAAUAUAUUCUGGAAUGGUAUCAGCUAUGGAUGAAGCGUUUAAGAAUGUAACUGAUGCUUUAGAAGCUAAAGGUCUGGCGGACAAUCUGAUCCUGGCGUUUACCGCUGAU